AUGGCUUCCCGAUACUCAACACGUCUUCUCCAAACUCUCCGGCCGAUCGCGCCUGGCCGCGCCUCCUCUCCCCUCCGCAACGCCCGCUUCUACUCCGAUGCCGCCCCGGCCUCCCCUCCGCUCCUCGCCAACCUCAAGACCGACCUGAAGACCGCCAUGCGCGCCAAGGAUGCGCCUCGUCUGUCCGUCCUGCGCACCAUCCUCUCCGCCUUCAACAACGCAGCCAAGACCUCCUCCCCCAUUGUCACCGAUGCCCAGCUUGUCGCUCUUCUGCGCAAGACCCAGCGUGCCGGCCAGGAAGCCGCUGCUCAGUUCCGCGAGGCUGGUCGCGACGACCUCGCCGAUAAGGAGGACCUCCAAGCCAAGGUCAUGGCCGAAUACAUCGCCAACUCCGGCGUCCUUACCGUCACCGAGGCGGACGUCCGUGUGCUGGUGGAGAAGGCCAUUGAGGAGACCAAGGCUGCUGGCAAGAGCAACCUUGGCGAGGUCAUGAAACUCGUCAAUGCCGCGACCCAGGGCAAGGACCUUGCGGUCGACAAGAAGCGCAUCUCAGACCUUAUCAAAGAGGCUCUCAAGCUAUAA